AUGAGGCAAACUGUGCCUCAAGUCUUGGUGAAGUGUAUCACGGAGUUGGAACGACGUGGGGGUCUUAUGAUGGAGGGUGUCUACAGAGUCCCUGGAAAUCAAGAGAUUGUUGAAGAUUUUCGCAUUGCUCUGGACAAAGAUUGUGAGUCAGUGGAUUUAUCGGAGAAACGUUGUGGUGACUUGAAUACGAUAACCAGUCUCAUUAAAUCCUUCCUUCGCCAGCUGCCUAUCCCCUUGAUCACCUAUGAAGCAUAUCCGGAUUUAAUCGAUAUUGCCCGAAAUGUGGAUCUUUCAGAUGAACAAAAGCAUGUCCUAAUUAAGGCCUGUAUCCAACGGCUUCCAACGGCGCAUUACUACUGCCUACGAUAUCUGAUGGCCCAUUUGAAUCGGGUUGCGGAGCAUCAAAAAAUGAACAUGAUGUCUUCAGAGAAUCUGGCCAUCGUUUUCGCACCAAGUCUAAUGAGUUCCUCCUAUACAGACCCCUUGAGCUGUCUUGCUGGAGCUAAAUUUGAACAGGCGGUAAUUAAUCGAUUAAUUUCCGACUACGUUACCCUUUUCGAAGGCGAAGAUUGUGUACUAAGUGCACCGUUGACCUCUUCCUCUGCGUCCACAACCACAUCUCGCUCCACAACUGCAUCCUCUCGUUGA